AUGAACCCGUAUCACCAUUACAUCCUGACAGGAAUAAUAGAAGAUUAAGAUGAUUUAUCCUCUGUUAAAUAGGAAGAAUGUUCAUAAUUCCAAUAUUAUGAGGAACAACCAUAAUACAUUACAUAUGAGAAUUCUAAUCUUUGCUAAAUUAUCUCAUCAAUACUAAACAUUAAUGAAGAAUAUGUCGAUUGGAUUGCUCGCAAUAAACCUACUGAAUUUGAAUCCAUGAUGGUUAAAGCAAAACGCAAAUUCUAUAGAGACAAAGCUAAAUUCCGCAUGCAAAUCUUAUAGCCUCAUCUCUACUCAUCUCAACAACCCCAAGAACCUAAAAAAGCUAAAAGAGGCAGAAAACCUAUCAAAUGCGCUGAGAAACAGUUUGUUGAAGACAAUAGCGAUCAUGAUAAAAAAACGAUUCAGAUGAUAAGAAAUAGGAUUUCUGCCCAGAAUUCUAGGGAUAGAAAAAAAGCCUACCUAAAAGAACUUGAAUAGAGCAGCGCAAUAACGAACAGAGGAAACCACUUAAUUCUCAAACAGAUUGAAGAACUACAAGCCUCGAAUGAGGAAAUCGAAAUAUAAAAUAACAAUAUUCUCAAGUGCAUCAAAGUCUUCAAAUAACAAUGUUUGGAGUCGGAUGAAUAAUUUGCCCAAGAAAUACUUAAAUAAUUAGAGUAAUUCGAGAGUGGCACUGAAUCAAGUGCAUCCAAAAAAGUUAAAUUAAAUUGAGUUAAUUGAUUUUAUAUCAUUAUUAUAUAUUCU